ACACGCCAUGAUUUUGGUCGGCAUCUAAAAAUACAACACUGGCCACGGCAAGCAUCUCGCCAGGUCAUUUGGGAAAUCCGAUCGCCAUGUAUCGCACGCGGGAGCUCAACAAAAACAUCGCGAAGAGCUACCUGAGUGUCGGUGACCCGUACAGAGACCCGCAUAUCAUUGAGGGCAAGUCGGACCGGCACAAGAACAAGCAAUUCCAAACGGUGCCGCCCAAGGACACGAGCGACGGCGGCGGGUACUUCGAAAAGAAAACGUACUCAUCCGACCCACUUCAAGAUGGCGUGAUGUACUUGAAGACGCAGCCGGCGGCGGACCGCAAAGCCGGGUUCGGGACCAAGGACGCCAGCCGCCGCGAUGAAUUUAUGAGCCACGUCCGCACCGAGCAGUACCGCGAGACGCUGGCGAGGGAAGAGCACAUUUCGCAGAAAGGCAUUCAGAGGCACCCAAACGAUGACGACGACGGCGGCGGCGACAGCACGUUCCCGGCCGAGAAACAUCAGUUCCCGGAGGGCUUGAAAGAAACCAAGUUCCUGUACGAUAUCGGACGGACGCAGGCGACCGAGUUCAACCAGAAGAGCCACCGCGACACAUUCUACACACUCCGCACGGGCAAUUCGCAGUUUCGACGCAACAACGGUCACUUCGUCCUGAGCUCGGAGGCGGUCGGUGUCGGGGCCAACAAGGUCCAGAACAACGGGACACACGCCCGCAACGCGUGCACGAAGCAAUUUUACGACCACAGCCACCUCCACACAUAGCAUUCUUUCAUAACAACGCUUCGCUCACAUCUCUCUCGUUGACGAUGCCGCCGACAACAGAUAGGGUCCGCAGUCCACCCAAGGUGAUUGGAACGCCGCUCGACAACAAGCCGCGCAUGAUCUUGUGGCGAUUCCUAGCCAAGAUCUGACUCAACAGUCGUACCAGUGCGCGUUGUGGAAUGAUAACUAGGACAAGUGCAUUCAGUCGCAGUGACGCUGCGUGGAUGAACAGUCGACGAGGCAAGUGGGCAACAUUCGGUGUUCG